CGCGGCGCGAGCAAGCCCGAGAAUGUUCUAGCAGUUACCGGACAUUUUGCGAAUCUUUGUUCGCCGGCGCGCGACUGUAUAUAAACGCGAGCCGCGCCGGCGUGGCAACAGUCGACAGAAAGCGAUCGCAACGAGAAGUCACGUGAGUUCGUCGCGACGUUUCCUAAUCGAGCGAAUAUUCUCGACCGGCUUAUAUAUCUGCGCUCUGAGUUUCGUUUACUCGCUUUUGUGUGUCAAGCAAGCGGAAGAAGACAAAAGUAAAAUAAAAUAUAUUCAAACAUGUCCUUGGUACCGCUGUUGUUCUCCGACUGGUGGGAGGAUUUGGAACAUCCUCACAGAAUCUUCGACCAGAACUUCGGUCUGGGCAUCUAUCCGGAUCAGCUAACGAGUCCGAGCAUCCUCGAGCGCUUCGUUGUGCCCCGUGAUCGCCGCGUGAGAACCUCACCUCUGCUCUAUUAUCGGCCUUGGGGCGAGUUGUUGCGCAGCAAGGAGGAAGGCGGCACGUCCACCGUAAAAGCCGACAAGGACAAGUUCCAAGUGAUCUUGGACGUGCAGCAGUUCAAACCCGAGGAGAUAAACGUUAAGGUGGUGGACAAAUGCGUGGUGGUCGAGGCGAAACACGAGGAACAGAAGGACGAGCACGGUUGGAUCUCGCGUCAGUUCGUACGCAAGUAUCUGAUACCCGAGCAGUGCGAUAUCGAUCAGAUAUCGUCCAGUUUGUCGUCGGACGGGGUUCUCAGCAUCACCGCUCCAAGAAAGGACAAACCGGAUACGCAGAACGAGCGGGCGAUCAGAAUCGAGCAGACCGGCAAGCCGGCGCUUCAGGAGAAAGCGGCGGAGAAGAGCGCGGAGAAGGAGAAGAAGAAGAAGGAUUCAAAUUAAAUAUAAUAAUAUAUAUAAUAAUAAUAUAAUAUCUCUCUUAUGACUGAUAUCAUGUAUCAACUUCGAUAGAUAGCGUUUUUUUCGUUCCUACAUUUCAUGUAAUUUGUAAGUCGAGUGAUUUUUUCUUUUUUUUUUGUUUUUGUUUUUUACAAGUAUGAGAUACUCCACGUUCGCUAUUUCCAGUUUUUGUAAGACCAAGAGUACUCGUCAAAUAAAUAGUGUUGUUCAUCCUAA